AUGGACUCACCCACAAUCCAUAAAAGAUGGAUUGAAGAUGCCAUUAGUAGUAAACAUAUGACAGAGUUUGAUUACAAUUCGUUUAGAGAAAUUAGCAUUGUUUUAACAACACCAAUGGCGAAUGUUAAAAAGGCGUAUCAAAUAGGAUUCGAUAGGAACGUUAUUAUCAAAUGUUUAAGAGAUGAUCAGUAUAAAAUUGAAUAUGAAUAUUAUAGAAGUUUUACAAGAGAGGUUCAGAAUUUAACAAGGUUAAAUGAAUUUGACAACAAAAACAUAGUCAGGUUUUUAGGAAUUAGCAAAG